AUGUAUAGAGUUGGUAAUUCAAUUAAAAAAUCGAAUCAAAUUCGAUUGAGUUGUGUUAAUAGCACCACAUCAAUUAGAAACUAUGCAACAGAUAAAAAAUCUUCAAACAAAGAAAGAUAUAGCGAAUUUGUUGAUUUCGACGAUGAAGAUUUAGUUAUCGAUACAAGAAAAGUCAUUGAAAAGAAAGAAGAAAUUCAAGAAGAUGUCAAAGAUUUUGAUGAAAUGCUUGCAAGUAUCUCAAUGAAAGAUUUAAAGUUGAUGAGAUAUCGUGAAAAUCCAGAAGUUUUCGAAUUAUUCAAAAAACAACACGUAGAUUUCAACGAUGCUUUCAACAUUAAAACUACCACUAAAUCACUUAUGGAAAAAGAGAGAUUAAAGAAAGAACAAGAAUUAAAAGGUUCACAAUUCAAAACUCAAAAGGUUUCAUAUGAAUCAGUUUCUGAUAUUAAAACAAAUUAUAUUGCACAAGAAUUAAACAAGUUUAAAGAACAAUACGAAAAACCAUUAGUUAAAAUGUAUAAUGAAAUUACAACUCAACAAAAUCUUUUAUAUAGAACAAAAAGAGCAGAAGAAAGAUUAUUUAAUAAAAAAUUACAAGCUAAUAAUAAACAAUAUAAACUCAGCAGUUUAGAAAGACAUUACCGUGAUGUUGUUCAAAUUAGAAAUGCAUUAGAUUUUAGAGGUAAAACCAUUUUAGCUGAAAAAGACGAAGAAGAUGCUUGGCAAAGAAUUGUUGAAAGAACUGAAAUUUCAGAUCCACAUAAUCUUUCAAGAACCCUUAUGAUGGAUGAAUACAAUGAUUUAGGUUUUCAAACUGAAAUUGAUGAAGAAUAUAUUAAUCUUCUUUCAAUUAAUCCAUUCGAUUUUGCUAAUCCAAAUUCAUAUUCAUCAAUGGUUAAAUUCCUCGAUACUCUUGCCGAAGAAAAUGAUAAAGAUAUUCAAGACUCUACCUCAUCCGAUUCUGCUCAAAUUGAAGAAUAUUUAACCCAACAACAAAAAUACAAAGAAUCUUUAGUUGAGAAUUACGAAUUCUAUAAACAAAUGAAUAGACCAUCAGUUGCCAACGCCCAAUCAAUUGAUACCUUAUUAGAUACCGCUAAAAUCUCAUUAAGUGCCGGUUCACCACCAUUAAACGAAGAUCAAAUUAUUGAUCUUCUCCCAUAUGAUGAAGAAGUCGUCGAAGAACAAUCUGAAGAUCUAACUGAGGAUAUUACUGAAGAGCCACAUUAUCGUAGACAAAAAAUGGAUGAUAUUUUUGAAAAUGAAGACGAUUAUACUGAAGACUUUGAAUCUUUAGCUGCAAAAAAUGAUGGCCCUGUUCAAACUGAAACUGUUGUUAAAAGUAAAGUAUCUGCAAUAGUAGAGGAAGAUUAUACUGAAGAACCAGAAAUUAAAUUGGUUAAAGGUCAAGAAGAUGAAGAAAUUAAAAAAUUACAAGAAAUUCUUGCUGAUCAAGAAAAAUUACCAGCUCCAGAAGGAAUCCCAUCCGAAAAACUUUCUGAUGGUUUAUUUGGUAUUACUCAACGUAGACUUGAAAUGGAUGAUGCCCCAAUUGGCAACCUCAUCAUGAAUUCAAUUGUUAAUCAAAGAAAGCAAGAAGAAGAGUUCUUAGAAAACUAUAAAUUACCAGGUGACGAAAGAGAUGGUGUUAUUGAGGAAGAAAAAAUGUAUCAACCAUUACCAACAGAUUUACCAGAUUUAGAAGCUUUAAGUGCUAAAAUUAGAAAGGCCGAAGAAACUGAAUUAAGUGCUAUUGCCGAUAGAUUCAUUGGUGUCGAAGUUAACGAAAAGACUGCUCACGAUUUAGUUGACCAAAUCUUCGAGUCAUACAAAACCAAUAACCUCUUUAACCCAGAUAUUAUUGAACACGAUAAAAAUGUUAUCAGAGAAGCCAAUGGUGAUGUAGCCGUUCCAGAUUCAAUGUACUUUGAAUAUGACACCACCUUUAGAGAUUUAGUUGAUAGAGAUAUCGUUUUCAAGAUGCCACUUAAGGAUACCGAUCUUGUUAGAGUUUUAUCACAUCAACUUACUGAAUCUGGUCUCUUAAAACAAGAAAAAGUAUUAAAAUUCUCACCAGAAGUUAUGCCAGUUUCAGAAGAAAUGGUUGAACAAGACCCAGAAAGAUUCCCAGAUUUUGUUAAAGAAGUUCUCAAUCAAGACAUUGAAGUUGAUGAAACUACCUCUGCUUCAGCAACAUCAGACCAACCAUUAGAAUCAGAUCAAUCAUCAAUCUCAUCAAUCUCAUCAAUCUCAUCAAUCUCAUCAUCAUCAUCAUCAUCAUCCUCCUCAAAUUCAGUUGAAUCAUCAUCAGAACAAGAAUCAUUCAAAGGUGAUAGUGAAAUUUAUGAUGAAAGACGUGUCUAUAUUAAUCUUAAACCAGCUGUUAAAGAUUCAGGUGUUAUUACUCUCCCAACUGUUAAUAAAAAAUUAAGAUGGAAAUUAGAAUUAGACGAAGCCGAAUCAAACGAUGGUUGGUUAAUGGGUAAACCAUUUGAUAUGUUAGAUUACAGAAUGAAUGGUCAAGAAUCAACCAUUUCACCAAAGAAUGCUCAAGUUAAUAAAAUGUUUGAUGAAGAAUAUGAUGAGGAAGCUGCACCAAUCGAAGAAUUAGUUGAUGAAGAAGAUGACGAUUUUAGAGAUCUUUCACCAGGUUGCGAUCAAGAACCAGAACUUUUCGAAGAAACUGAACUCUUCCAUUACCUCCAAGAAGGUGGUGACCAAGAAUGGUUCAGACCAGAAAAAAUUGGUGAAGAUGACAUUAAAGCCCUCGAAGCUCGUCAAACUUGGAUUCCAAAUCAAAGACAACAUAUUUUCACAUACCCAAUUCAAUUUGUAUCAUCAUCAAAUACUACCGAUCAAACUAAACAAGACUCAUGGAUUAACAGAAAGGCUGUUAUGAGAGUUAAUAUCCAAGCUUUCAGUUUACCAGAGUGUGUCGAACAAAGACUUGCUGAAUUAACUGGAAAGAGAUAUGAUUCAAAUAAGAAGGUCCUCACCUUAAUUGCUAACAAUCAUAAAACUUUAAGCGAAAAUAAAAACGAAGUUAAAAGAAUCUUUAGAAACCUCUUACACGAAGCCAACUUAGCAGAUCCAAACUUUGUUUCUGUUAGAUCCGACAACUUUAAACCAACUCCACCACCAUCAUUCGUUCCAUCAUCUGCCGCCAAAGCCCAAGAAAAAUUCAAUCUUUUCCGUGUUCAAGGUUUCCCAAUUUUAACAAAUCAACAAAUGAAACAAUUACAACUUUCUUCAUUUAUUAAAUCACAAUUAGAAUUAUAA